UGAAGUUUGAAAUAUGGGGAAUCCCUUGUUCUUGGUAUUGGGAGUAUUUGUGCUGUUGUUUAGUUGGGAUGCAGCUGCACAGACUUUGAAUUCAAGUUGCCCUGUAAAUUUCACAGUUGGUGAGACCAAAACUUACCAAUUUUGUAACAACCUGAGUGUAUUAGGAGCUACUCUGUCAUAUACCUAUGUUGUAGAGAAUGGGUCAUUGGAUAUAGCUUUUCAGGCUGGCCCUGCAGCUUCUGGGGGAUGGGUAGGUUGGGGGAUAAAUCCACAGGGGUUAGCAAUGAUUGGAACACAGGCUUUGAUCGCUUUUCGAUUGAGUAAUGGAUCAACUGUGGUUGACACAUAUAAUGUGGUCUCUAAGGUUGCUGUUUUGAAUCCUUCAAACAUAAGCAUCCCUGUGACCAACAAGAGUGCUGUGUAUGAGAGUAGCAGUGGGAAGAUAACAAUCUUUGCCUCCUUGGUGCUUACUUCCAACCAAACCAGUGUUAAUCAGGUGUGGCAAGUGGGCAGCUCAGUUACCAACUUCAGUCCUGAUGUCCACAGAUUUGAUGAUGCCAAUCUUAAGAGUUUAGGGACACUGUAUCUCCAAAGUGGAGCAAGCUAGUAACACUCAGUACAUUGUAAUCCAUGCACUGGUUAUGUAUGCAUGGACUUUGUUCCACCUAAAUAACCUAUACAUCA